AUGCGGUGUUCUUCUCUGCUGUCGGCUUCGGCACUAGCCAGCCUAGCGACCUCAUCUGCCCUUGGCCCUCGCGAUGCCAGAGUCGUCCCUCCUACAAGUGCUGUAGAAUCAUGGAAGCGCGCUGCCCCACAAGCCCCCAAUGGCUAUGCUCCCGCCGAAGUUACCUGUCCCUCAACACGCCCGAGUAUUCGAUCUGCCGAUAGGCUCUCCAACUCCGAGACAGAAUGGCUCAAGAAGAGAAGGCCAAACACAAUAGAGCCCAUGCGUGCCUUCUUGCAAAGGGCCAACAUCCAAGGAUUCGACGUCAACAGAUACCUUGAUACCCAUCGCGACAACACCACAGCCCUGCCAAACAUUGCAAUCUCCUUCUCCGGCGGCGGAUACCGUGCCUUGCUCAAUGGCGCAGGUGCUCUAGCAGCAUUCGACAACCGAACCUCCGGCUCGACAAAUGCCGGUCAUCUGGGAGGCUUGUUGCAGUCGGCUACCUACGUUUCAGCCUUGUCCGGCGGUGGAUGGCUAAUUGGAAGCAUUUACGCCAACAACUUCACUUCGGUAGAGGAUAUUACCAAAGAGGGCGAGAACACUCCUCUCUGGCAGUUCCAGAACUCGCUUCUUAAGGGACCCCCCUCAAGGGGCAUCCAGGUGCUUUCAACUGCUCAAUACUUUGAGAACCUAGUCAGCACCGUCGGGGAAAAGUCCGAUGCGGGAUUCAACACCUCCAUUACCGAUCUUUACGGUCGAGGCCUCUCGUUUCAGCUUAUCAACGCAACUGACGGAGGGCCUAAUUAUACCUUCUCUUCUAUUCAAGACGACCCUAGGUUCUCAUCUGGAGACGCGCCCAUGCCUAUCCUCAUAGCUGACGAGCGCGCGCCUGGGGAUCUGAUCAUUUCCCUCAAUGCUACCGUCUUUGAGUUCAACCCUUUUGAGAUGGGCUCUUUUGAUCCCACAACAUUUGGUUUCGCCCCACUCAAGUACGUUGGCUCGAAUUUCAGCCAAGGACAGCUUCCCCAGAAUCAAGGUUGUGUUGCCGGAUUUGAUAAUCUCGGGUUUGUCAUGGGAACAAGCAGUUCAUUGUUCAAUCAGAUUUUCCUCACAUUGAACAGCGUCCAAAAUAUACCCGAUAUUCUCAGGAGCCUCGCAACUGGUAUUCUAGGAAGGAUUGGACGCGACUCAAACGAUAUCGCAGAUUACACGCCCAACCCUUUUUACCAAUAUCACAACGACACAAACCCUAGCGCCUCCAGCAAGCGCCUUACGCUUGUAGAUGGCGGCGAAGAUCUUCAGAACAUUCCUCUCAACCCAGUCAUUCAGCCCGUGCGCCAGGUUGAUGUCAUUUUUGCUGUCGACUCGUCUGCCGACACUGUUAUGUCGGGUAGCCCAUCUCAAAAUUGGCCCAAUGGCACUGCUCUUAUUGCCACCUACCAGCGUGCGGAAUCGCCAAUCAUGAACAAGACGACUUUCCCUUACAUCCCAGGUCACGAUACAUUCGUAGCCCUUGGCCUGAACAACCGGCCUACCUUCUUUGGCUGUAACAGCAAGAAUGUCACACAGGGUAAUAACAUUCCUCCUCUCGUUGUGUACCUUCCCAACGCGCCUUAUUCCUUCUGGUCCAACACAUCAACAUUUGAGAAGCUCUCGUACACCCUCGAAGAACGCGCUAGUAUGAUCAAAAAUGGUUACGAGGUUGUAACCCAGGCAAACUCAACACGUGAGGGUGCCAACAACUGGCCUACUUGCGUCGGAUGCGCUAUUCUUUCCAGGAGUUUGGAACGCAACGGCCAGGCUGUUCCAGACGUGUGCAAUCAGUGCUUCCAACGAUACUGCUGGAAUGGUACCACGGUUGUCAGCGCGGCGCCAUACAAUCCGAAGAUGAUCAUUUCGGGAGCCAAUGCCACACAGAACAGCGGUGUGAGCAGCUUUGUGCCCAACCUCCUUGGUCUUGCUCUGGUAGCUGCUGGGUCUGCCUACAUGAUGAUUUAG